AUGAAAGAAAACCAAUUCAUUGAUUUCAUGGGCUUAAGACUUGAUAAAAGAAAGCUAACUCUGCCGCAGAAAUUCAUGCAUUAUUAUGAAAAGCACAGAAAUUUGAGGGUUGGAAUUGGAAUUGCAGUGGGCGUUGUGAUGACUGCAAACCUUGCAAUUCUGUAUCCAGGGUCAAAUAAUUUCGUUCAGAGAAAAUUGAAAGAGUUUUCUGCAAGCUCCUUUAUACAAUUUUCAUAUAUGAGUAAGACUUAUGUAGAAGCUCUAUUUUUAGAGACAAGUCCACAAUGGAAGAAUGCUUUAGGGACAGUGGAUUAUUAUGCGGAAAAAUUCCCAAGAGAUAACAUCCAAAACCCAUAUAUUAUGGCACAGUGCAUAGAUCUAAUUUCUCAGUCAUUCAAAAGAAGCUUGAAUGGGGAUAUUACUCUAUUUUUUUCUAGUUUACAAUCAUUUGGGUUCAUUUUGAUAAAAAUAGUCGACCAAAAUACAAAGUUAUUUACAAAUCGCGAUUUAAAAGCUGCAUUGAUAAAUUCAUUUAGCGAGUUAUGCAAGUUUACCAAAGGAGAGGACAGAUUGAAAGAAGAAUUUAAAGAAGAGUAUUCUGUGCUCUCAAAUAUUUAUACAGGAUUUUUAUUGAUAUCUGAAAUUGGGAAUCUUGAUGAAAAAGAUAAGGCUUAUAAAAGCUUACAACAAAUUUUAGAGAAAUUUGAUGAAUUGAAAGAGUAUGCGAGAAAUGAAGAGUGUGCAAAAAGGUUUUUCACUGACACAAAUAAUGAAAAUGCCAUAAUUAGACAUAACGCAUUGGCAAGCAUAAAGUUACUUGCAGAAGAUAAGGAAACAGCAAUCUAUUUUUUACAGAAAAAGCUUUUGAGUAAUCUGAUAGCGAAAGUUAUGGUAAAAUAUCCAGAUAUUGUUGAAGAUUUAAAUGCAAUAAUUCACGUAAUCAAUCAGCAUGAGAGCCCUCUAUGAAUCAACGAAGAAUUAAAGACUGAAAAAGAAAGAAUCAAAAAAUUUCUAUCACCAAGCUCAAAGCCUAUCCAAAAUGAAUUGAGUAUUCUUUUAAAACACAAAUAA